AUGUCCCAAGUCCUCGCGGAGUGGGGGGUUGGCCUGGCGGUCGCCGCCGAGCCGUACCGCGUGCCGGAUCACCCACAUUGGGUGGGCGACGCGGACGGUUUGGUGGCGACGGUAUGGGGAGGUGGCGACGGAUCCCCGCCGUUCUCCAUUCUGGAGCGCGGUCGGGGUUUCGUCGCCGUGGACUGGGGGGGAGUCGCCGUAGUGGGGUGCUACAUCUCGCCCCGCAGCGGUCACGCCGCGUUCGAGCUGUACUUGGCCGAGGUCGCGGCAUGCGUGCAGCGCUGCGCGGCCCGGCCGGUGCUGGUCCUGGGGGACUUUAACGCCAAGUCGGUGGCUUGGGGAUCGCCUAGGACCACCGUUCGCGGCGGGAUCCUGGGCGACUGGGCGGCGGGGCUCGACCUUUGGUUACUGAACCGGGGGUCGGAGCACACGUGCGUGCGGCGAUAUGGGGGGUCUAUCGUGGAUGUUGGAUUCGCGACCCCCAACGCCGUGCGCAUGGUGUCGGGUUGGCAGGUGGCCCCGGAGGCAGAGACACUCUCCGAUCACCGGUAUAUCCGGAUGGAGGUCUCUGCCGCCGGGGCUGCGUCCCGGCACCGCCGCCCGGAUGGCAUCCCACCGCGCCGCUGGGCGCUUCGGCGCCUGGACAAGGACGCCCUGAUGGCAGCUGCCCUCGCUGCAACUUGGCCGCAGGUGGCGGCCGAGUUGCCAAGCAUGGAGGAGGAGGCUGCCCGGCUCGGGGUUAAAACUACCCUUCAGAAGUCCCUUCUUUAUGAUACCUCAUCGGGUAUUAAAAACGAGAGAAGCGACUUUAUAGAUAUAAGAGCUAUAAACUGCGCUUACUUUCGUCAGGAUGUGGCUUGA